CAGCCAAAUCAGAAACGACGCCGUUUCGGGUUCUCAGGGACCGAUAUACGUCUUCAUCUUCCUCAUCGAUACUUUUUCUAAACAAUACAGACUACAAUUUUUGCUUCCUCUCUCUGCAACAAAUCUACUAAAAAAAAUCGAAAAUAAAGGAAAAUAAGGAGAUGUUGGAGAAGAUCGGAUUGCCGGCAAAACCAUCGGUGAGAGGGAAUAAUUGGGUGGUUGAUGCUUCACAAUGUCAAGGAUGUUCCUCUCAGUUCACCUUCAUCAAUCGCAAGCAUCACUGCCGAAGGUGUGGGGGCCUGUUUUGCGGUACUUGUACACAGCAAAGAAUGGUUUUGCGUGGACAGGGUGAUUCACCUGUGCGUAUUUGUGAACCUUGUAAAACACUAGAAGAGGCCGCACGAUUUGAGUUGCGCCAUGGGUACAAAAGUAGAGCUGGGAGAGGUAGUUUGAAACCAGCUGCAAGGGAUGAGGAUGAUAUGUUGAACCAGAUUCUAGGUGCUGACAGAAAUGAAUCCUCUUCAUUAGGAGUAGCUUCCAACAAUGACAUGACUCCUAGUGUUCGAAGGGCAACUAGCAGUGCUUCGUGCUCCAAUCUUCAAGUAGGUUCCAAUCAUGAUGGGGGUGGAGAAAUACUUAGAAGUCAGUCUGUUGAUCAGCGUAUGCAGAAUGAUAUGGUAUUGUCCAGUCCUGAGGAAUUGCGCCAGCAAGCAUUGAUUGAAAAAGGGAAGUAUAAAAUUCUAAAAGGAGAAGGGAAACCUGAGGAAGCUCUAAGAGCCUUUAAGAGAGGCAAGGAGCUAGAGAGGCAGGCCGAGUCUUUGGAGAUAUAUAUAAGAAAAAACCGUAAAAAAAGUUUGCCAUCUGGCAAUAUGUCGGAGAUCCAGAACAAAGAUGCCCCUAAAGAAUCUGGCAGAAAAAAUAAGGUCCCUCAUCAAGUGGGUAAGGAUGACCUGGCUGCUGAACUCAGGGACUUGGGGUGGUCUGAUAUGGAUCUACAUGAUGACAAUAAAAGAUCCGCAAGUCUGAGUUUGGAGGGUGAACUCUCUUCCCUUCUAGGAGAAAUGCCAAAGAAGGUUAACAGUCAUGACACUGACAAGACCCAGGUUAUUGUCAUUAAGAAAAAGGCUCUUAUGUUGAAGCGUGAAGGGAAGCUUGCCGAAGCAAAGGAAGAACUGAAGAGGGCUAAAGUCUUAGAGAAGCAACUCGAAGAACAAGAACUAUUGGCUGGAGCUGAACAUUCUGAUGAUGAGCUAUCUGCAAUAAUCUAUAGCAUGGACAAUGAUAAACAAGAUGAAAUGUUAAUUCAAUAUGAGCAUACACAAGGCUUUGACUUUGAUCAACUUGUAGGAACUGCUGAUGAUCUUGUUAUUGAUAGUAAUUUUGAAGUAACUGAUAAGGAUAUGGAGGAUCCGGAAAUAGCUGCUGCUCUGAAAUCACUAGGUUGGACUGAGGAUUCUAAUCCUACUGAAGAUGUUAUGGCUCAGUCUGCACCUCUUAACAGGGAGGCACUAUUAAGUGAAAUUCUUUCAUUAAAAAGAGAGGCUCUUAGUCAAAAGCGGGCAGGUAACGUGGCGGAGGCAAUGGCUCAGUUAAAGAAGGCAAAAGUACUUGAGAAGGAUCUUGAAAGCUUCAAUUCUCAGCUGGAGAAUUUGACAGUUAAUCUAAAUGGACCAACUCCUCACUCUGCUGAUAUAUCAGUGAAGUCAGUUAAGUUGGGUGAUGACAAUGUUAAUGCUAUGAAAGAUGUGGAUCUGAAACCUGCACCAAAGAGUAGAUUGAUGAUUCAGAAAGAGCUUCUUGGUUUGAAGAAGAAAGCCCUUGCCUUGAGAAGGGAAGGAAGAUUGGAUGAAGCAGAGGAAGAAUUGAAGAAAGGCAAGAUUCUUGAGCGCCAGCUUGAAGAAAUGGAGAAUACUUCCAACAUGAAGGCUGCACAGGUAACCAUUGGCAGUAAGGGGAAGGAUUUGACAGACAAGCAUCCUAGUGUAUCAGAAAACCUGCCGGUUGAAGGAGAUGUUACAGAUCAAGACAUGCACGAUCCAACAUAUCUUUCAAUCCUGAGGAACUUAGAUUGGAAUGACAAUGAUGAUGAGCUUUCGAACUCUUUGAUGAAACAUUCUAAACCAAAAGAUUCUGAGCAAAUUGUUGAAUCUUCUUUGACUCAUUCCCCUCCUAAAAUCCCAGCCAAGGCAUCAAGAAGAACUAAAGCUGAAAUACAGAGGGAGCUAUUAGGCUUGAAAAGGAAAGCUCUUUCUCUGAGGCGCCAAGGAAAUACUGAUGAGGCAGAGGAAGUUCUGGAAACAGCAAAAGCAUUGGAGACUGAGAUGGCAGAAAUGGAGGCGCCAAAGAAAGUGGUUGAAUCAAAGUGGCCAAACGAAAAAGCCACUGUAGCUCCCCUCAAAGGUGAUGGGGAAGAAGCAGAUGAAGAGAAUGUUACAGAGAAUGAUAUGACUUAUCCAGCUAUGCUCUCAAUGCUAAAGAAUUUGGGUUGGAAGGAUGAAGAACUUGAACCUGUAACCAUGCAAGAAAAGCACUCUAAAAAUCUUGCCCCUGAGCCUUUACAUUCUGGCCAUCCACACGUCACUCAAAUCUCUUCAGGCAUUUCAGCUUCACCACCAAGAAGUAAAGGUGAAAUCCAAAGAGAACUUCUGGGUUUGAAAAGAAAGGCUCUUGCCCUUAGAAGAAAUGGGCAAGCCGAAGAGGCUGAGGACUUGUUGCAAAGGGCAAAGGUACUGGAAGCCGAAGUGGCAGAAUUGGAAGAUCCGAAAGGGGAGCUUGUGCUUGAUUCGUCCAAGGACAAUAAAUCUGUGAACUUUGACUCAUUUACUAACCAUGAGAGGCAAGGGAAUUUGAAAAAUGAAGUGAUAGUAAAGAAAGGGCCAGUUGCAGUAAAGGUGGGACCAAGUGAAACAGUCGUACAAUCAUCGAUGGGUUUAGGAAGAAUGGGGAGUGAUACAGAUAAUCCUACCCUGUGGACUUCCGAUCUAUUAUUUCCUGCAUCCUCCAGGCCACUAGAAGACAAGCAACACUCGUUGGAAAAGUUGGAUCUCUCUGCUGCAAUGGGACUUCAAGGUGGUGAGGGAGAAGUUGAGACUACCAGUUUCAUCCCUCCACCUGACCAGUCUGCAAACAUAGUGGAUUUGUUGACUGGUGAUUACCUGUCGAGUUCACAGAUACCUGUGAAAUUGGAAGAGAAAGGUGAUCUUGGAUCCAACUUCUCUUCUCUUGCUAGACCCAAUGUUCAGUUGGCAUGCCAAGAAGAUCUUAGAACCAAGGUUGAAAAUACCAUCGGAAAAAGUAGAGUGGUUAAUGGAGAGCAGAAGUCACAUGCACUUGGUGUGAGUUCAGUUCAGGGAUUUACUUCUCAGAACAACCAAGAUUCACUUAGGCAAGCAGUUUUGUCUCACAAGAAGAAGGCACUUGCUUUGAAGAGAGAUGGAAAAUUGGCAGAAGCUCGAGAAGAGCUUCAGCAGGCAAAGCUGUUGGAGAAGAACCUGAAAGAAGAUGGCACUCCGCCAAAACCUGGUGCAGAUGAUGUGUCAAUAUCUGCAUGCACUGUUCCCUCUGAUGCACCAAAAGGGCAGGAUGCAUCAAGUUUGGCUCCGAGACCACUGUCUGCGCGUGAUCGCUUCAAGUUGCAACAGGAAUCCCUCAGUCAUAAGCGCCAGGCUUUGAAGCUGCGAAGAGAAGGUCGGAUGCAAGAAGCAGAGGCUGAGUUUGAAAUAGCUAAGUCUCUUGAGGCCCAGUUGGAAGAGUUGGCUACUCAUGAUUCAACAAAAACUCCUAGCAUUGGCGAAUUACGAGUAGAUGAUGUAGUUGUUGAAGAUUUUCUCGAUCCUCAACUUUUGUCUGCCCUGAAAGCAAUUGGAUUGGAUGAUUCUAGUGUUUUAGCUCGUGGCCCAGAAAGACCAGAAGUCGUUAAGCCCAAUGCUGCCAAAGGAAAAGAUGUUGACCAAGAGAGAAUCCAAUUGGAAGAGCGGAUUAAGGCAGAAAAGGUCAAGGCAGUAAACUUGAAAAGGUCAGGCAAACAAGCUGAGGCUAUGGAUGCACUUCGGAGGGCGAAAAUGCUGGAGAAAAAGCUGAAUUCCUUGUCUUCAUGAUAAUAACUCGUAUAAAAUUCCAUUUUCAGCUCGGAAAAGGAUUGAGGUAUAUGGUAUUUGAGAUCACCUUGUGAAUUAACUUGAACGCAAAAUAGUUAAAAUGAUUUAUUUUAAUCUCAACGGUGUAUGCUAAAUUUUCAUUGUCGAUUCUUAGAUGGAAAAUGUAUCUUCAUCGAUGUAAAAAAAGGAUGAACAUGUUGAUUUAUGAUUGGAUCUGUUCAUUUGUUACUGUUUCUGUUAAAUAUAUUCUUGUUUUCUCUGUAUUGUUCAUAAAAAGAGAUACUCCAUAAGGUUUUAGAUUUCCAGCAAUGCACUAAUCAUAAUGAAGGAUCAGAAAUGUUGAAGUUUUUGAAAUCAAA